AUGACGGGCCUCAAGCGCGCGCACGAUGAGUCUUCUCAUGAUGCCGACGCCGCCUCUCCCCACGAAGCAGCUGCGACCGUGAAGCCGCCCUCGCCUGCCCAGGCCGCGUCGUCAGCUUCGUCCUUCCGGAACGUCUCUGCCUGCAACAGGUGUCGCCUGAGGAAGAACCGCUGCGACCAGCGCCUGCCGUCCUGUGCCUCUUGCGACAAGGCAAGCCAGAAAUGCGUGGGCUACGAUCCCAUCACCAAACGCGAGAUCCCUCGAAGUUAUGUCUACUACCUGGAGACACGAGUCGCGUACCUGGAAUCACUACUGCAGGACAACUCCGUCGCAUUCGCUGCCGCUGAACAGUUCAAUCCGAGCUUCCAGCCCGCCGAUGGCUCUGCGUCGAGACCACCAUCGGCCACCGGCCCACCGCAACAACACAAUGGAGUACCAAUCACACCAACUGGUCUCACCAAGGAGGAACAGGAUCGCAAUGAUCGCGAGAAGCUCACCAAGCUGGUGUCAAAUAUUGGCAUGGUGUCGGUGCAGGGCGCAAGCGAUCCCCGCUUCUUGGGAUCAACAUCCGGCAUAUCCUUUGCCAGGGUCGUGUUCGCGGCCGUGAAAAGCUCGGUUUCGGGAUCGUCAUCUGAGCGAGGAAGUCAAAGAGGCAGUAAACAAUUGACCACGAACGUAGCAGAUGGCGGUACCUCCAUGCGAGACAGCUUCUUUGGUCUGCACACCAAACCGACAUUCCAGCAAGCUCCCUUCCCCGAACGCGAACUCGGUGCUCGUUUGGUGGAUCUCUACUUUGAACAUGCAAACCCGCAGAUUCCGAUCUUGCACCGAGGCGAAUUCAUGGAACUUUUUGAGCGAGUGUACUCAUCUGGCGGGGGGCAAAGGACAUCACGCGAGUCAUACAUGCUCAAUAUUGUGUUUGCCAUCGGAGCCGGCAUUAUUAUGGGCAGUUCGGACUCUGGCGAUUCACCCGUAUCCGACGGUGCACCGACCAAAUCUAAACCGAUGUCGCCUUCGUCAAACAAGAAGCGGCGACUUGCAGGCUACCAGCACCAACCCGAGGAGUACCACGCCUCAGCAAUAACGCACUUGGAAAAUUUCCUUGGCAGUACACCGGCCGCAGACCGACCCGAUGGCUUUGGUGGAGGCUUGGAAGAAUUGCAGGCCGUAUUACUUCUUGCGGGGUUCGCGCUGUUGCGCCCUGUUGCCCCAGGUCUAUGGUAUAUCGUCGGAGUUGCCGUUCGGUUGGGUGUCGAUCUUGGGUUACAUUACGAAGACGGGGUAGGGAUUGACGGUUUUGGGUCGGAAGACCAAGCCCCCGGGAAACCGGAAGUGAAAGAGGAAGAGGAUGCGACCGCGGGUGCAACAGCUGGAAAGAUUGAUGCCAGGGAGCGUGGCCGCAGAGAGUGGGUUCGUGAUCUCCGACGAAGACUCUGGUGGUGUGUAUAUUCUUUCGACAGACUGGUCAGUACAUGCGUUGGACGACCCUUCGGGAUUACCGACCAGGUUGUUACAACGGAAUUCCCAUCGAUGCUCGAUGAUCGCUACAUCACCAAGGAGGGUUUCUUAGAUCCACCCGAGCAUAUGCGAAGGCCCAGCUACAAAGUCGUGGCGUAUCACUAUUUCCGGCUCAGGUUGCUCCAGUCAGAGAUACUCCAAGUGUUACAACAUCGACAGGCCCAACAAGCAAGGGCGAACGGGACGAACGAGGGCAAUCAAUACAUGCACACGAAGCUCCCAUCGCCAUUCUUGGCCAACUUUAAUUCGUUUCGAAGGUGGCGUGUGGAUAUCGAUAGGCGCCUCCUAGAAUGGAAAGACUCGGCGCCAACCCAACAGGACGCUGGCGUGCAGUUUUCUCCGCUCUUCUUGGAACUCAACUACUGGCAGGCGAUCAUUAUGCUGUAUCGGCAAAGUCUAGUGGUUCCAAUGGGGCUCGCAGGUGAGCUUGGCAGCGCCAACAGUGAGGUGGGAAGCCCGUCGGUAAUCAGUCUCGACGAGAGAGAAGACGAAGAACUUGUCUUCUUGAAGGUCGCGGAAGCCGGACAGAAGGUGCUCAAGCUGUAUCGACAGUUACAUCGCGUGCGCUUAGUCAACUACACGUUUCUGGCCACACAUCACCUAUUCAUGGCCGGGAUAUCAUUCCUGUACGCUGUUUGGCACUCACCUGCUGUACGCAGUCUCUUAUCUCUUGAUGAUGUCGACUUUACCGUUCUAGCCGCGACAUCCGUGCUUGGCGACCUGAUCGAAAAGUGCCCACCUGCAGAAGCAUGCCGUGACGCUUUCGACCGCAUGAGUAAAGCGACUAUCCAGAUGUGCAUGUCGACCACAGGUUUUGGGCCGCAAGCACUGCGACCACCGCAUCACAAACGAUCGUCUCAAUCGCCGGGCACAGCAUAUCCACCUGCGUCGGAUACAGACACUGAAAUCCCAGGCUAUCAAUCAACAGGGUACUUCCAGCAAGCGCGCCGGCCCAUACCCCGCUUCGACAUGAAUCUCAAAGACCUAUUCUCGGAAGACGAAACGGAUAAACGUUCUUUCAGCCGCAUAUCAAACCAAGUGGGUAGUAUGCGCCCCCCACCGCCACCUCAACACGUGAAACAGGAACAUCAGCAAAUGCAAUCGUUCACCACCGACCUCAAGAUAUCCCCACAGAUGCGCUCGCAUCAUCACCAGCAGCAACAGCAAGAAGCAUACUCUUUUCCCCACCAAAACCUCGCCUCUCCCCAAAACCAACACCAACAAUCCUACACACCCACAUCUACAACAACCACAAUCUCCCCACUGAUGUCUCACGCACCCAACCCCAACAUGACCUCGCCCUACCAACUUACGAAUCAACUUCCGUACAAUGCGUUCGCGCAGAACAUUACGUCCACGUAUCCAGAUCUGGGCACCUUCAACGAUCUCGACUUCCUCGAUUCGUUCCCGGUGCAGGGGUCGAGCAGCAACCCUAAUGUCACCGAUGCGGCGGGGCCGCUGCAGGAUCUGGGAUUCGGGAUGGGAUUCGGAGAUGGGACGCAUGAUUGGAGUGAUGGGAAUGGGUUGGAUCUUUUUGACGGGUUUUUCUUUGGAGGCGGACCGGGGAAUGGGUAG